CCAAAAACACAUGCAUGCAUGCAUUCGCUUGUACAAAAUUAUCUAAAUAUUUGGUUUUACAGAACUAAAAUUCAUAUAAUAAAGAAUAUACUGCUUCUAAAAAUAAAUUAUAGGUAUCGUAAAAGGAUUUAGAGUUCACUUAAAUAAAGUUGCAUCUCGUCGAUUUCAGUUUUAACAUAUUUAAUCAAGGAAUUAUCACUUUUUUUAUGAGAAUCUACCUCAAAUACCAUACAGCUCCACUUUAAAAUAAAGUUUUACUGAAAUUUGAAUGGUCUUGAUCCCAAAAACCGAAAUUGUAAAUACAAUUUAAACCAUGGCCAGAAACGCAGAGAAAGCAAUGACAACACUAGCACGUUGGCGUGCGGCACAAGUUCAGGAAGCGGGAGGCCAGCGAGAACGACGUCCGUACCUUGCAUCAGAAUGUAAUGAUUUGCCACAAGCUGAGAAGUGGAGGUUACAGAUUGUCAGAGAAAUUGCGAAAAAAGUGGCACAAAUACAGAAUGCCGGUCUCGGAGAGUUCCGGAUUCGCGAUCUUAACGACGAAAUUAAUAAACUUAUGAGGGAGAAGCGACAUUGGGAGGUGCAGAUUAAAUCUUUGGGCGGUCCCGAUCAUGCUCGAGUCGGUCCUAAAAUGUUGGACCAGGACGGGAAAGAAGUGCCGGGCAACCGGGGAUACAAAUACUUUGGAGCUGCAAAGGAUUUACCCGGCGUGCGAGAGCUAUUCGAACAAGAGCCGCCCCCGCCCCCUCGCCGGACGAGAGCGGACCUCAUGAGAGACGUCGACGCAGAUUACUACGGCUACAGGGACGACGACGACGGCAUUUUACUACCAUUAGAACAAGAGGCUGAAAAAGCAGCGAUAGCACGUGCAGUCGACGAAUGGAAAAGAAACAAGGAACUCAACAAAGAUCAAGACCUUCCCGAAGAGGAAAAUAUUUAUCCUGAAGAUCCGGACGACAAGAGGAUGGAAGACGAUGAAGAAGAACCUGAGAAAGCAACGGUCACCUCCCACGUGGCCGUGCCGUCGCAGAGGGACGUCGAAGAAGCAUUGCUCAGGAGGAAGAAGCAGGAACUAAUGGAGAAAUAUGGAUGCCUAGACGCCAAAAUAGAGAAGAGCUGACGGCCACCUAACGUUGUACUGGUUAUUUAGUAUAAGGAAACAAUAAAGAAAUAAGCAAUUGAAA